CCGGAUGUGUGUUUGUCGCCACUCGGAAUGUUUCCGUGCUUAGAUAACUUUUAACAAACACACCGCCCGGUGAGCAGAGAUCAUGUCGUUUUGUAGUUUCUUCGGUGGAGAGGUCUAUAAAGACCAUUUUAAACCAGGGGUUUAUGUAUGCUCCAAGUGUGAUCACCGGCUGUUCACCAGCCGCUCCAAGUACGAACACUCGUCUCCCUGGCCAACCUUCACAGAGACCAUCCAUGAUGACAGUGUGUCUAAACAUGAGGAGAGACCUGGUACAUAUAAGGUGAGUUGUGGGAAAUGUGCAAACGGACUAGGCCAUGAGUUUGUGAAUGAUGGACCAGGCAAAGGCCUGUCUCGCUUUUGAAUAUUCAGCAGCUCACUGAAGUUCGUCCCUAAAGAUAAGGUUGAUGGACAGUAAGGUGAGCUGUUAGAGGGAAGUGCUGCUGGACUUGUAGAAGUUUCUCUGUGCUGCUGAUAGUGUGGACAGUGGAUGAUGUGCUCUGGGAUAAAGCCCUAAUCUGGGAUCUCCAGUGCUCUGAUGAAUGAUGGCCACGCUGGACAGCAAGAACAAGAACCGGAACUGGUCUCGACACCUUUUAUUAUGCAAUCUUCACCAUCUCAGGAUAGCCUCACUGUCUCACCAGUUUCACAUGUAUUCAUAAUGAUUGUCUCAUGGGGAAAAUAGACUUCUCAUGAUUCCAUAAGGUAUUUCUUACAGCGAAACAAAACGUGUUUGUUUACUAACCUUCACAUGUUUCUCAAAAUAAUUAAACAAGCGUACGAGUCUGUCAGAAAGAAAUGGCUUCACAAAAACGGUGAAUCUAAUUUGAUUAUUCGUUUGUUUGGUAGGUAUUUGAUUUUUUUCAUUUUGAGAUUAAAAUAUCUGUUUUUUUUUCACCUCUGGAUUACGAACAUGCAUUAAAAUAUUUUAGAAAAUGUUUUUAAUUUAAUAAUAAAUAGUCAGUUUAAAUGUAUCUGCUGUGUUUGGUUUGUUAGAUGCAGAAAAUGAGUAAUAAUACUUUACAAUUUCCACUCUUGAAGCUUUAUGGUAAUGGCUCACAAUGACUGAUAUGCACAUCAAAUAAAUCAAACUGAAAUAAAUCUAUUUUAAAUGACACUUA